AUGGAUAGUUUUGAUACUACAUCCAAAAAAUUUUCAAAUAGCUUGCUAAUCAUCACCCUCUUAUUUGCAAUUAAUAGUGAAGGAAGGGUUUUUGGUUUAUCAACUAAUGGUACAAAGUGGAGAGAAUUUAUUUAUUUGGGUCUUGAAUUUAAACAACUAUCAGCUGUACCAAAUUUUUUAUGGGCUGUUGGAGGUGAUAGACAAAUAUAUGUACAUGCUUAUGGUUUAGACAUUCCUAUUAGAGUAAAAGAAGAAUACUACGAAAAUGAGAGAUGGACUCCGUUUGACGGCUUUAGUAAUAAACUCUUACCUACUGAUAGAUUUAAUUUUUCUGAUGAAAAUGGAAGGUUUGAUAGAAAUCCAAAAAAAAUUAGAUUGCCAUCUAUGGCAUGGCAGUGGGAAGGUGAUUGGAAAUUAGAACUUACAUUAAAUGGACAACCAUUGGAUCAUGAUGGCUGGACCUAUGCUGUUGACUUUCCUGCAACUUAUUAUCCUUCGAAACAAUGGUCCUCAUAUGUCAGAAGAAGAAAAUGGUAUAGGUAUAGAAGGUAUAUUGCUUUAAAUUCUUGGUGUGCUGUAGCUCCGCUUCAUAAAGAUCCUACUAAAGAACCAUUCAUUCGAGUGGGUGUUGGAGGAAAACACUUACCUGGUGCCAAAGAUGGCACAAUUAUAGUUUGGGCUGUUACAGCUUGUGGAAGACUUAUGUUUAGGUCUGAUGUUAAUAAAUACUGUCCUGAAGGGCAAAGAUGGAGUUUAAUACCAGUUCCAAGUGGAUGUGAAGUUUGUCAAGUAAGUGUGGGAGCCACAGGUUUAGUUUGGAUAGUUUUAUACAAUGGUAAAGCAUUAGCUCGUACUGGUAUUACCAGAGCUUCAUUGACAGGUACCAACUGGGUUGAAAUAGAACAACCUAAUGAAAAUUUACAUUUAAGUCAAGUUUCAGUAGGUUACAACAGCAUAUGGGCUACUACAAAAGAUGGAAGAGUGUGGUUUAGAAAAGGCAUAAAUGGGGAGAGUUCAGGUGUUAGUGAUAGUAUGGCAACAGGUAGUGGUUGGAUAGAAAUGUGUGGAAACAUGACUGAAAUAUCUGUAGCAUCAAAUGAUCAAGUUUGGGCUGUAGGAACAUCUGAUAAGGUAUUGUAUUUCCGUACAUCAGUUACACAAGAGGACUUAAUGGGUAAAACUUGGCGUGCAAUAAGUGCUCCAACUCAAUUGAGUCGUACAAACAGCUCGGCCAGCUUCAGAUCUGGAAGUGAUGAAGCUCAUAGGGAAAAAAGACAUCGAAGUUGGGCAUCUUUGAAAUUUUGUCAUUCUGCACCGCCAGUUGGACAAAAUUCUCAAAAAUUAAUUAACUCAUCUAUAAAAUUAAAUUAUUCCAUACCGGAUACCGGUUCUAUUGAUAGUGUAUCAUCUGAUUCUCAAAGUAUUAAUUUAAGCGAUAUUCACGAAGAUGAAACGCAAGUCGCAAAUGUUGGUGAAAUUAAAGAAUAUUGUGAAGAAGGAAACAGCAAGGAAGACAUUAGAAAUUACGGAAACGUUAGUCAUCCUGUGUGUGGGUUUAUUAGUAAAGAAAUAGCGAUUCCCACACGAUCAUGGAGUCCUCAACAGGCUGGAGGAUCGGUGGUAGGAACAGAAGCUCAUUAUGCUGCCGAUAGUAUUAUUUUUGAAUCUGAUGAGUUUACCGGAAUAUAUAGUGAACAUGGAGAACGUGAAGAUGAUAAUGAUCACUUAUAUUGGUCCGACAGCGAAGCUUUAUGGUCGACCGUCGAAGCUGAAAGAAUACCAAAAGACUUUGCAUCACUUGAAAAUUAUGAAAAAGCCGUUGAAAAUUCAUCUUGGACAAAGGGAGUCAAUUGCAAAUGUCUGUUACCCAAAGAGAAUAACUUUAAAGACUGCAUGAUAGAAUUAGAAUGGAUCAGCGAAGAGUGCGAAGUGGAAUCUGGCACGUUGGAAAUAUUUGACGUAUCCAAAUCUGAAACUUGGUCAAAGUACGAUUUAAAAAAUGUGUCAGCCGUUAUAAGUUGUUGUACUUCUCAAAAUCCUCGUCUUUCUAUAUUUAGUUUCGAUUGUUUGGCUCCUUUGAAGUUACAAUUUAAAACUGAAGAUGAAUAUGAAGAGUGGAAAUCUGAAUUGUCUUCUCUUUGUAAUAAGAUAAGAAACGUGUCGGAUGUUCCUAGUCCCAACUCCGUAUGGAUAACUACUAAUAGAGGCGACAUAUUUGCUUGUGAUCUUUCAAAAAUAUCCCGGGUUGAUAACAGUGAAAAACAUACGUUGGAACAAACAUUCUCAGAUACUGAUUUGCCUAUUCACGUACCUUUAUCAUCCGGUUUUACACCCGGUCAUUCUGUAACAAUUUGGGGAUGCGUACAUAGUAAUGCUAAAAGAUUUGCCAUUGAUCUCGUGCGUUGUGAAGAAAAUGGAAACUGUGAUAUCGUCUAUCAUUUUAAUCCUCGGUUCGAGGAAGAAUGCGUAAUUCAAAAUUCAAGAACAAAUUUAAUUUGGGAUAGAGAAGAAAGAAGUCGAACGAUGCCAUUUGAAAUGGGUGAAUUAUUCGAGCUCAAAAUAAUUUGUACAAGUUUACAUUUUGUAGUGUCUGUAAAUAAUAAAAAAUUCACUGAAUUUUUAAUAAAAAAAGAUUCAAAUGAUUUCAUCUCUAGUUUUCCAAACAUAACUCAUUUAUAUUGUCAAGGAGACAUUAAUAUAAAAAAAGUUUUAUAUACGAGUAAUGAAUUGAUAUUGGAACCUUAUUCGAUGUAUUGGCAGCAAAUUCGAGGUCAUUUAAAAAAGGUAGAAACCGUAGAAGGUAUUACUUGGGGUAUAGGAUUUGAUAAUACGGCUUGGUUGUACCUGGGUUCUGCAUUGUGUAACAAAAUGAGAGAUAUACGAUAUUAUUAUGUUUAUGAAAAUCAAAGAUGGAAUCCUUUAACGGGAUAUACUUCUCGCGGUUUACCUACCGAUAGAUUUAUGUGGUCUGACGUUACUGGUAAAUACAAAAGGACAAAAGAAAAUACUUGUUUAUUGUCUAAAAGAUGGCGUUGGAUUAAUGAUUGGAGUGUUGAUUUUCAUACUCCCGGAGGAGUCGAUAAGGACGGUUGGCAGUAUGCUGUUGAUUUUCCAUCUACAUAUCACGGUUGCAAAAGUUUGACUGAUUACGUCAGGCGUAGAAGAUGGUUCAGAUGUGCGAAAAUAGAAAUUUCUGGACCUUGGACUGAGCUGGGUCACACUGCCUUAACCGAUUGUAGUUUGAAUUCCGAUGAAAAUGGAAUAACAGCUUGGGCAGUUGCUUCAAAUGGGGAUGUUUUAUUUCGACGGGGAGUCAGUAAAAAUUGUCCGGCCGGCUUGUCGUGGGAACAUGUACCAAGUGACGAACAAAUGAUAAGUAUUUCUUGUGGGAAAAAACAAGUUUGGGCGGUAACGAAAAACGGAUCUGCACUCUGCAGACUGGGCAUUUCGGUUAAUAACUUAACAGGUAACGUAUGGGAAACAGUAGAAGCGCCAUUAAAUUCGAGUUUGAAACAAGUUUCGGUUGGAGAAAAUGGCGUCUGGGCAUUGGAUUCUAACGGAAGAAUAUUUGCAAGAAGUGAAAAUACCGAAGUUUUCCCAUUGGGCUCCCACUGGCGAGCAAUGUCUUUUUUUUCACACGAGGAAAAUUCAAACGAUGAUCCAUUAAAAUCUCCCGAUGCUUUCGCGGAAAACAAUGUCGAAGGAUUUCGUUGUAUUUUGGCAAAAAAUAAAUUUUGGGCCAUUACCAAUACGGGUCGUUUGGCUUUUAGACUUGGAGUAUGCCCAGAAAGUCCUACGGGAUAUUUUUGGUUAUUUGGUAUCAAGGGAAAUUUUUUAAACGUUUCCUCGUAA